UCCACUUUUUUCAGUUUCCAGCAACAGGAAAGAAAGAAAAAGAAAAAGAAAUGAAUAGUUCAACAUCGUCGUCAUCUUCUUCACCAGCACAUUCAUCAAUAUCAACUACUGCAAUUGUGGGUGGCUUAAGCUUAGGCUUAGGGAGUAGCAGCAAUAAUGCCGCUUCUCUAUCCACAGAAGAUUUCCUACACAACCCAUCUGAUUCAAUUUCCUCUCAAGAGCGUAAAGAAGAGGCUAUGCUCGUCCUAAAAUCUGAUCUGAUGGCCGCACUUGAUAAGGAGGUUAAAUCCUUGGAUGAAGAUAACUGGAAGUUUGAAGGACCUCGCUCCCGUAUCCACCUUAUUUCAAGGCGAGGUGGUUUUCUUCACAAGCCGACAGAAAUAUCAAAGAGUUGGAAUUUGGCUCCACCAAAAUGAUUCUGAAUUCUUAGAACAGAAGCAUAUUAUAUGGCUCUUCCACCUAUAGGCUGGAACCUGAUGCUUUUCAAUGGUAGAAAGCAUAGAACAGACAACCAUUGUCUUGCUUUCUCCAUGCUACUUUGUGAUGAUUUUUGGCUUCCAAUAGAAGAGGUUGUGAAUGAAAUCAAGAAAAGGGGAUGAUGCUAUAGACUCUUAGUGGUGUAGGCUCUUUGUUCUAAGUUCUAACCCUCAUUAUUUGGUAAUGUAAAGGAGGGUGAGGUCUUCUUGCUUGACACUUGAGAACUAUGCUGGUCUUCCAGAUUAGCGCGAACUUAACUAUGAUCAUUCUCGUUUUCCAUUA